AUGGGGACCCCCAGCUCCUUCUCCGCCCCUCCGACCCCCGGGGGCCAAGGACCGUGUCGCACGCUCGCUGGGCCGGGGUCGGGGUCCGAGCCGGGGCCGGAGCGGGCGGGCGCCAGGUCCCCUGGCCCCGCCACGCCGGGCCACAGCUUCCGGAAGGUGACGCUCACCAAGCCCACCUUCUGCCACCUCUGCUCCGACUUCAUCUGGGGGCUGGCCGGCUUCCUGUGCGACGCCUGCAACUUCAUGUCCCAUGAGAAGUGCCUGAAGCAUGUGAAGACCCCCUGUACAAGCCUGGCGCCCAGCCUGGUCCGCGUCCCUGUGGCCCACUGCUUCGGCCCCCGGGCGCUCUACAAGCGCAAGUUCUGUGCCGUGUGCCGCAGGGGCCUGGAGGUGCCCGCGCUCCGCUGUGAAGUGUGUGAGCUGCACGUUCACCCCGACUGUGUGCCCUUCGCCUGCAGCGACUGCCGCCAGUGCCACCGGGACGGGUACCGGGACCACGACACGCACCUCCACCACUGGCGAGAGGGUAACCUGCCCUCCGGCGCGCGCUGCGAGGUCUGCAGGAAGACGUGCGGCUCCUCCGACGUGCUGGCCGGCGUGCGCUGCGAGUGGUGCGGCGUGCAGGUGGGGCGGGGCCUGGGCGAGGGGGACGACGGCGUGGACACGGGCGCCCCGGCCGGCCCGGGCAGAGAGGCGCUGGCGCCGGAGUCUGGCAAGCAGAUCCUGAAGGUCUUUGAUGGCAAUGACGCCGUGCAGCGAAACCACUUUCGUGUCAUCACUGUCCCCCGCUUGGCCAGGAGUGAGGAGCUGCUGGAGGCCGCGCUCCGGGCCUACUACAUCAUGGAGGACCCUCGUGACUUCGAGCUGCAGGUGUUCCCCCCACCUGCACAGGCUGGCGACCCCGGGGCCCGAGGAAAAGCCCGGAGUGGUGGGACUGCGGAGGAGGAGGGCGGCAGAGGCUCUGGGUCCCGCGAGGCUGCGCCCGAGGCCUGGAUCAUCCGAGCUCGGCCCCGCACCCAGGAAGUGCUAAAGAUCUACCCGGCCUGGCUCAAGGUGGGUGUGGCCUACGUGUCCAUCCGUGUGACCCCACAGAGCACUGCCCGGACUGUGGUGCUGGAGGUCCUCCCGCUGCUUGGACGCGAGGCUGAGGGUCCUGAGAGCUUCCAGCUGGUGGAGGUGCUCAUGGGCAGCAGGCAAGUCCAGCGGACGGUCCUGGUGGAUGAGGAGCCCUUGCUUGGCCGGCUUCGAGACAUCCGGCAGACAUCCCUGUGGCAGAUGAGCCAGACGCGGUUCUACGUGGCCGAGAGCAGGGUUGUGGUGCCGCGUGUCUCCCUGUUUGUUGGUGGCCUGCCGCCGGGCCUGUCCCCCCAGGAGUACAGCAGCCUGCUGGAUGAGGCUGUGGCCACCAAAGUGGGCCUGGUGUCUGUGAGCCACGUCUACUCCUGGCAAGGUGCUGUGGUGCUGGACGUGGCCUGCUUCGCAGAGGCCGAGCGGCUGUACAUGCUGGUCAAGGACACGGUUGUGCACGGCCGGCUGCUGACUGCUCUGGUGCUCCCGGAUGUCCUGCACACGAAGCUGCCCCCAGACUGCCGCCCCCUCCUCGUGUUUGUGAACCCCAAAAGUGGAGGUCUCAAGGGCCGUGACCUGCUUUGCAGUUUCCGGAAGCUGCUGAACCCUCACCAGGUCUUUGAGCUGACCAACGGGGGGCCUCUGCCCGGGUUCCACAUGUUCUCCCAGGUGCCCUGCUUCCGGGUGCUGGUGUGCGGAGGGGACGGCACUGUGGGCUGGGUGCUUGCUGCCCUGGAGGAGAUGCGACACCGUCUGGCUUGCCCGGAGCCUUCUGUGGCCAUCCUGCCUCUGGGCACAGGGAACGACCUUGGCCGGGUCCUCCGCUGGGGGGCGGGCUACAGUGGAGAGGACCCAUUCUCUGUGCUGGUGUCUGUGGAUGAGGCUGAUGCUGUGCUCAUGGACCGCUGGACCAUCCUGCUAGACGCUCAUGAGGCCAGCGGUGCAGAGAACAGCGUGGUAGAUGUUGAGCCCCCCAAGAUCGUGCAGAUGAGUAACUACUGUGGGAUUGGCAUUGAUGCGGAGCUAAGCCUUGACUUCCACCAGGCACGGGAGGAGGAGCCCGGCAGGUUCACAAGCAGGUUCCACAACAAGGGCGUGUAUGUGCGAGUUGGGCUGCAGAAGAUCAGCCACUCGCGCAGCCUGCACAAGGAGAUCCGGCUGCAGGUAGAGCAGCAGGAGGUGGAGCUGCCCAGCAUCGAGGGUCUCAUCUUCAUCAACAUCCCCAGCUGGGGCUCAGGGGCUGAUCUCUGGGGCUCUGAGAGCGACUCGAGGUUUGAGAAGCCGCGCAUGGACGAUGGGCUGCUGGAGGUGGUAGGGGUGACGGGCGUCAUGCACAUGGGCCAGGUCCAGGGUGGGCUGCGCUCCGGCAUCCGCAUCGCCCAGGGCUCCUACUUCCGCGUCACCCUCCUCAAAGCCACACCUGUGCAGGUGGACGGCGAGCCAUGGGUCCAGGGUCCCGGGCACAUGAUCAUCUCAGCCACCGGCCUGAAGGUCCACAUGCUCAGGAAGGCCAAGCAGAAGCCCAGGAAGGCCGGGACCCCCAAGGAUGCCCGAGCAGAUGGAGUGCCUACCCCUGGGGGUGACCCCAGGUAGAGGAGGGCAGGCCCUAGAGCAGUCUGCGCCCGUACUACAGCAGCACCGGCCAGUGGAUGGACUUGCCUGCAGCCCUGACCUCGGGGCGUUUCCCCCUUGUCCCCAAGCCACAUGGGAAUUGUUGGGUGGGUAGUGGGCAUUCCCUCUGGGCUUCCACACCAGUGACUGGGGUGGGCACAGGUCUCUAGCUGGCCAGGCCUCUCGUCCCCUGGAAGGGGGGCACUCCUCCCUUUGUGUCCCUCACCUCCCUGAGCCCCUUGAGCUGGGCAGCGCUGGACUUCAUCUUGUGCUCCUGGGCCGCCCCCUGGAUGCUCCGACACAGCAGCUGACUCCGUGGGCCCUGGGUGUGCCU